UAAAGAUACCGCAGCUGCCGCGCCCAGUGGACGGGAAAGGACUGACUUCCCGUCGGGUCCUCCGCCCUCCUCUGCUGCGCUGCUCUCUGCGGGGCUGACCGCCCGCCCGGCCUCCCUCCCUUGGAACGCUCCGGCUUGUGCCCUGUCAUUGCCGCGAUGCCUCCCUGCCGUGGUGCGUUUCUGGCCGCCCUGUUGCUGGUGUUCUUGUCGGAGGCUCGUGGUGACUGUAACCCUCCUGAACCUAUCCGCAAUGCCGCACUAAAGCAAGAACCAAAGCCAAGCUAUCCUGCUGGGACUGAGUUGACUUACACUUGCAUCUCAGGUUAUGAAUAUAUUCCUGGAAAGCGACCUGUUAUUCGAUGCCUUGACACGUCAGAGUGGUCACAGGUUGAUGUGUUCUGUCGAGGAAAACGAUGUCCAACUCCUGAUAUAGGGAAUGGCCAUAUAGUAGAAGACAGUGAGCUGCGGCUGGGGGAUCAAAUAACUUUUGCCUGUUAUGAGGGAUACAGACCAGUAGGGAGAACUGAAGCUCGGUGUGUUUUGAGCGGCAGCAAUGUUGAUUGGAAUAGUAGGCCUCCACAUUGCGAACGUGUUCCUUGUUAUCCCCCUCCUGAAAUUGCCAACGGUAGGCAUAAUGGGCAGGGGGACAGCUAUACAUACGGCUCAGCAGUAACAUAUCAGUGUGACCGUGAGUUCUCUCUGAUUGGAAACAAGACUAUUGUGUGCACAGUUGACAAAAAUCUGAACGGAAAGUGGAGUGGAUCUGCACCUCAGUGUAAAGAUGAAAUUUUACUUCCUUCAUCUGGACCCAAUGUCACCUCUACCUUUCCUACUUAUACUAGUUCUUUACCCACACUCCAAACAGAGUUAGCCUGGGAGAAGCUGUUCAUAAUACUACAAGAGAUCAAGGAUUUAAUAAACAUAAAAACAAAGUCCUUCGAAGAACGCCUGGAUGGGUUAGAAAAGAAAGUGGACAAAGUCAUAUAUGAAAUGAAGUCCUGCUGUCAACAGUCUAGAGAAGAGAGGCUGGAGGAGGAGGAGGAGGAAGAGUCAUGACGAUGCUAACUCCAAAUGCUCUGACAGUGGCAUUCGAGCAACUCUUUCCUGGGAGGCUCAUAGAAUAGACCUGAGUAGAACUGCUUAGGAUUGCUCUCUAAAAAAUUUUGGUGGUAGUAAAGAAUUGUCAGCACACAGGGUGAAGCAGACGCAUUGCAGGAUCAACGCUAAAAACAUGGAUGAAGGCAUAUUUAGGUGGUUAUUUUGAAAAACAUGGGUGGAAAUAGGUUUGGUAAAUAAGUAGGAAAAUAGAUUACAGAUCUCUUAUUGCUAUUUUGACAUAAUAAACUUUAUUAAAGGAUAGUUUUAAUAUA